UGUUAAACUGACUUAAUUCUGAGCUUAAUUCACAACAAACAUUUUAAAAGUCUGACUUUCAAAAGCAUUUCACUAUGGCAAACGAAGCUGAAGAAACGAUUCGCAAACUUAGCACGCAUAAAGGUGUAGCUGGCGUAAUAGUUGUCAACGGCGAAGGUAUCCCAAUCAAGACGACACUAGAUAACCAUGUCUCAGUACAAUACGCCGGACUCAUGGGCUCCCUCGUAGACAAAGCUAAGUCGGUUGUGCGAGACCUGGACCCCACCAACGAGUUGACGUUCCUGAGAAUUCGCAGCAAGAGGAGCGAGAUCAUGGUGGCGCCAGAUAAAGACUUUAUCUUGAUCGUCGUUCAAAAUCCUGUUGACUGACGAAGGCUUUGGCUUGUCAGCCAAUUGUAUU